GUGUAUGACGUGAAAAGAGACCACUAGGUGUUGGGUUCCAGCCUCGCCCCCUUUUGACUGAGAGGGAAAGAAGGUCUCAAUCUCUGUUCCCUGGAGAAGACUGGCUCGGCUGGUAGAACCAGUCACGAUAGCGGGUCGGCGACAGAGAGGCACUCUAUGUGUUUACUAAAGACACAAAAAAGACAGAAAUCUAAUAUCAGCCUUACGAGAGAGAAAGAGGGCUGAAGGGAGGCCAGAGUGUUUCUGAACAUGUUUUGGGGAUGUUAGAUGAUUUGCUGACUCAAGACGUGGUUUUGCACGAAAGCUAAAAAUGGGCAGAUCCCAGCAAUGACUUGUUGCUCACAUUGGCUGGUGACGGGGAGUAAUUUAACACCAGAUUGAGUGAGGCCAUUUAGAAUGGGUGGAGAUAGCAGAGAUAUGUCAGAACUUGACGGAAAGAGUCGAUGGACUGAGGGUGUGUGAGAGAGACAGGCACAGGCGGACUGUAUUCUAGGACAUUUGAAAGUAAUCCAAAGCUUCCAGGAACCGCAGCAACGAUUCCUCCAUGGAGAAUCCUGCUUUUCUGUUGACAUAUGGUGGCUAAAAAGAGUUAAAUAGAUUCAUGGCAUGAAGAAGAACCUCAACUAUUUGAAUAAUUCACCAACAUCCUCGUCCAAGAAGCUUAGAGGAGCUGACAGUUAUUCUCUUCACAUCAACAUGCAGUUUUCCACAGUCAUUUUUUGGUAGAAGGAGGAUAUCUCCAACCAUCAUUGGGUUUCAAUCAUGUCAAACUCUCAAGAGCAGAGCCUCAAUGAGAACGCCAUCUUCGCUCCGUUGACCGAGUCCAGUCCAGACUUCUUGCACUGUGAGGAAGAACGCUAUUGUGUGGAAAGCCUGGUGAGCUCCGGUCCUGAGGAUUUCUACACCAAACUCCACCAGGAACAAAUCGGAUCGUUCUUGUCCACCGGCGAGGUGAACCAGAUCUCCAGCUGGGUCGAGGACUAUCAUGAAUGCGAUGCGGUCCUGGAGGAUGGAAACGGUGAGGUGGAGGUCGGUUCUGAGGGGGACGACUUCUCCGGACAUUAUUUCCCCACAGAGUCUGACACUCCGGCUCCAUGCUUGGAACUAGGAUGGCCAGAAAGGUACAGCUGGAUGGAGAUGGGUCGAGUUGAAGUAUACACCAAUCCUCCUGUAGAACAGGAGGCCUCCAUACGAGUAGUCCUCAGGAGGCUCUUACAAGGAGCCACUAGGCUGAUUGCCAUUGUAACAGAUAAAUUGUCGGAUAACGCGGUGAUCGGUGACCUCCGAAACGCUGCAUCCCGGGGGGUUCCGGUGUACAUCAUCCUCAACAGAAGAUCCGGGGAGGAGAACUGCUCUUCGCACCAGCUUCAACAUCCGAAUAUCAUGGUGCGCGUUCUUGGAGGUAAAACGUUCCUGACGCGUGACACGAAGAUGGUUGUUGGAGAGCUGAAGAACAACUUUGUGUUGGUGGAUCUGGAGACGGUGAUGAUGGGGAGCUACAGUCUUACCUGGAGCGAUGCUCACCUGCAUCGUCAGCUCGUCACCGUUAUGAGCGGCCAGGUUGUGGAAUCUUUCGAUCGAGAGUUUCGGAUCCUCUAUGCUGCCUCGCUUCCAAUCCCAGAUGCAUGGAAAACUGGAAAACCAGCUACAGAACCCCAAACACAUAAUAAACAACCACCCCUGAACAUAAACAGCAACAAAAUUGAACUUAGCGAGUUCAUCUCCAAUCCUCCGCCUCCUCCUAUUGACAGUGUUCUGGAUUGGGAGGCGAUGGGGGUCAUCCGGAGAUUCACGGACAGCACAUUUAGUCCACCUGAUGAUGGGGAGUUGCAGUUCUAUCAUCGACCCCUCUUGGACAGACAUCCAGGAGGAUACAAUGACUUUAACAGCAGACUUCUGACUGGGCAUCAGGAGGAGGGCAAGUUCAAUUCAAUGUUUCUGUCAGACUUCAGGCAUCCGGAAUAUCAAAUACAAAGGCGGCAUUACUCUCCAGGAGAAAUGCAUUGCAAUGACGUGGUGAACAGGCAUUUGCAGAUACCUGACAGAAUCACGUAUCCUCCGCUGAAUCCUGAAAACGAGGAGAGGUAUCCUGUGUACAAAUCCCGCAACAUGGCAUCAGAGGAAGACAUGGCUCUGAGACGAGAGCCUUUCCUGAAAAGAGACAUGAUAAACCCGGAAGGAACCACACAAGCCAAUCUAAAGAAACCGUCAGAUCUUUCCCGGAGCAAGACUUUCAGCACUUUGAGUGACAUUCUUAAACGGGUCAAUUCACGUCGCAGUUCUUUAGGACAGACUAGGACAGAAAACCCAACGCCGGGCAUCAGCAAAUCCACACUGGAGCUCAAUCUACAUCGUUCAGACACGGCAUCAAGCGCUCGAACCACCAACUGUGAUAAUCUGCCUCUGACUCCAGCUCUGGCACUUAUGAAAAAGAGGAACGAUGAUGUUAAGUCUGGACUGUUGAGGAACAUGCCCAGCGUGUUUUCCCCGGGAUUCAGACCUUCCAGCUUCGGCCUGCAGAGGGAGCCAUGGAGGUCUCCUUUCAGAAGCCAUAGAAGUGAGGAGGAGCACUGAAGUUAUGCAGGAAACCCCACACAAUGACAUCAACAGUGUUACAAUAAUUCCCACAUAUUUAAAUAUGUAAAUGUUACUGUAAUAAGCAGGGCUGCAGGUACAAAGGGAGUUUCUUGCUUAAUGAGAAUAAAUAUUCAUCAGAAAUGAUGUCACACUUGAAGAACAAGUCUAUUAAUAUAUGCCUGAUUUACACGUGAUGGACUCAUGAUGUAUGAACUGUCAUAUUUUCUCAAUGAAAAGGGAAUGUU